AUGUACCCAAGGUUCAUUAUGAUGCUGAUAAAUGAUAAGAUCAAGGAUCUUCCAAAGAACAGAGAUGACAUCAUGGAUUUGAGAAACGUAAACAAUGAAACAAUUGCAAGAAUCACCAAAGAAAAGGAUGCAAAAACAAAACAAAUGAUAUGCAAAAUCAAGGAUAUAGAUUAUGUUGCUCCUGAGAAUAAAAAGUGGAGACAUGAGAAUAGUGAUUCAGAUAAUGAAAAUGUUAAGAUGAGCGAGAUGGCUGAGAAGAAGACUAGAUGGUGGUGGGUAAGAGAUGGAAAACGAAAGAGAACACCUAAGUCAUCCCCUGCAGUUUCUAUUCCAAAGGAUGGAGAUAAGGGGUCAUCUGGAGAACCGCAGCAAAGAUUGAUAGAUGAAACUGUCUUGGAGCCGUCUGUGGUUAUUGAGCAAGGAGUUGAUCUUUUGAAUAAAACAUUCGAAAGCUAUCUGAAGAAGAAUGAGGAAGCAGCAGCUCAAAAGGCUCAAGGAACUAGUACUCAGUCUGAAAAAGUCACAACCAUUGAACAAGAGGCAAAGGAUCAGGAUAGUUCAAGUGAAGAUGAUUCCGAAGCAACUCAGUCUGAAUCAGAACUGGAUCCAACAACUCUUGGAAGAGGCAAAGCUCAACUAAAGAAAAAGCCUGCAAAGAAGCAGAAAGCAUCAGAUGAAGAAGACUCCACUUAUGAACCUGAUGAGCCAAAGAAACAAAUAAAGAAGCGUAAAGCAGUUCAAGCUGGAAUUAUUCCAAGAAAUGUUAGAGCAAAGAAAGCUGGUGCUGGACCAUCAAAAGAAAAAGGAGGAAAGACAGAAAAACAUGUUCAGAAACCAAAGGUUCUUGAUGCAGAAAAGGCUCAAACUGUUGAAACUCCAAAAGAACCUGAGAUAUAA